CUUGUUCAAAUUUUUCAAUUAAUAAGCGGUUAACCACACAGUGUUCCCCAUUGGCCAUUGCAUCUCCUGGUUAGAAGCUCUUCAUCACCAGAUAUAUUGCGAGGUUCGCUUCAGCAGUUCUCGUGCAGAAUUCGCUGGAAUUUGCAUGAGAGCACGCUCGCGUCCCACAUCCUUUGCAAUAUAGACGUGAUCGAUUUGUGUUUCUCGAUAUGAGAUCAGUCGUCCUAGCCUUUCUUUUUGUGUUCGUUUUCCAUGCGGCUGCAUAUGAUCCCCUGGAUCCGAAUGGCAACGUAACAAUUAAAUGGGACAUCAUGUCCUGGACCACGGACGGUUAUGUGGCGAUCGUCACGAUGAACAACUUCCAGAUGUACCGACACAUAAUGAGCCCCGGCUGGACCCUCGGAUGGGCCUGGGCAAAGAAGGAAAUAAUAUGGUCCAUGGUGGGUGCUCAAACCACAGAACAAGGCGACUGCUCCAAGUUCAAAGCCGCUAUACCUCAUUGCUGCAAGAGAACACCCACAGUCGUGGACUUGCUCCCUGGCGUCCCUUACAACCAGCAGUACGCAAAUUGCUGCAAAGGCGGGGUUGUCGCCGCUUGGGGUCAAGAUCCAUCAGCUUCGGUCUCUGCUUUCCAAGUCAGCGUCGGCCUAUCGGGUACUUCAAACAAGACGGUUAAGCUCCCGAAGAACUUCACUUUACUUGGUCCGGGACCCGGGUACACCUGUGGGCCUGCAAAGGUCGUGCCAUCCACCAACUUCCUUAGCACUGACAAGCGCCGGAAAACUCAGGCAUUGAUGACAUGGAAUGUGACCUGCACUUAUUCCCAGUUCCUGGCUAGCAAAAACCCCAGCUGCUGUGUCUCUUUCUCAUCUUUCUACAAUGAAACCAUCACUCCUUGCCCCUCCUGUGCCUGUGGUUGCCAGAACAAGAAUAGUUGUGUCAAGAGUGACUCCAAAAUUCUAAGCAUGGCAGGGGUAAACACACCUAGAAAAGACAAUGCACCUCUAUUACAAUGCACGCACCACAUGUGCCCGGUCCGUGUACACUGGCACGUGAAGCUCAACUACAAGGACUACUGGCGCGUCAAGAUUGCAAUCACAAACUUCAAUUAUCGGAUAAACUACACGCUUUGGUCUCUCGUAGUCCAGCAUCCCAACCUAAACAACGUGACCCAAGUUUUCAGUUUCGAUUACAAGCCUCUCGUGCCGUAUGAAUCCAUAAAUGACACGGGGAUGUUCUACGGUAUGAAGUACUAUAAUGACCUGCUGAUGGAAGCGGGGCCACUUGGGAAUGUUCAGUCCGAGGUACUUCUCCAGAAGGACAAGAACACGUUUACAUUUAAGCAAGGUUGGGCAUUUCCGAGGAAGGUUUACUUCAAUGGCGACGAGUGCAUGCUGCCCCCACCAGAUGCAUACCCUUUUCUGCCAAAUUCAGCACGUCGAAAGUUACUCCCUUUCUCGACUUUAGUCUCUUGGGUUCUUCUCAUAAUAUUUGCUGCUUGGUGAUUGUUUUCCAGGAGUACGAGUUGCCAAGUAUUCAAAUUCA